UUUUAUACCUUCAUCAAACAACUUUCUUUUAAACAAAAACCCAUUUACACAACUUUAACACUUCUAAUCUAAUAAAAUGACUCGCUUUAUUAACAUCUGUAUUGCUGCUCUUGCUUUGUUGGUUGCUGCUUCAUCUGCUGCUCCUUGUCACGGUGGUAACCAUAACGGUUCUGGUGGAAAUCAUGAUGGUGGUUGUGGUGGUCAUGAUAGUGGCUGUGGCGAUCGUGGUCUUGUUAACGCUGAUGUUCAUGAUGUUGUUGGUGGUAUCGAAGUUAAAGACACUCUUAACCACGUUGUUGAUGUUGAUGAUGUCGAUGUCAAGCACGUUGCCGAAAAUAUCAAAGUUCUUUCUUAAAAACAGUCCUUCCUACCUUUUUCUAUUUUGACCAAUUCAUUUUUUUUUUUUUUUAAAUUUUAACAUGUUUAUACAAUGUUAAUUUUUAUUUUAUUUUAUACAUGGUCUUAAUUAUUUGAUAAUAAUAUACAUCUUUAAUAUAAUAAAUAUAUUGUCACAAAUUUUUUUUUUAC